AUGGUUUUCAGAGGUUGUUAUGUCCAAGUGGGUGAUGCCAUGUUGGAAGCCGAUUUGAUUCCCUUGGACUUGGUUAACCUUGACAUCAUCUUGGGAAUGGAUUGGUUGGAAAAGCAUCGUGCAUUAGUGGGUUGUUUUCAUAAAGAAGUCGUACUUAGAAGUCUGGGACAACCUGAAGUAGUAUUCCGUGGAGAGUGUAGAGUUCUCCAAUCUUGUCUCAUCUCCUCCAUAAGGGCAAAAAGGUUACUCAAAAAGGGUUGUGUAGGUUACUUAGCCCACAUCAUUGAUACUCAAGGGGUCACUCUGAAUUUGGAAGAUGUUCCUGUUGUUUGUGAAUUUCCAGAUGUCUUCCCAAAUGAUCUUCAUGUGUUGUUUGUAAAGAAGAAGGAUGGAACCAUGAGGCUUUGUAUCGACUACAGGCAAUUGAACAAAGUGACAGUGCAUAAUCGAUAUCCUUUGCCUCGAAUUGAUGACUUGUUCGAUCAGUUAAAGGGUGCCAAGUAUUUCUCCAAGAUUGAUAUGAGAUCGGGAUAUCAUCAACUCAGAGUACGAGAGGAGGAUAUUCCGAAGACAGCAUUCAGGACUCGUUACGACCAUUACGAGUUCUUGGUGAUGCCUUUCGGAUUGACAAAUGCUCCAGCAGCGUUUAUGGAUCUCAUGAACAGAGUGUUCCGACCUCACUUGGAUCGCUUUGUGAUUGUGUUCAUAGACAACAUCCUUGUAUAUUCCCGAACUUUGGAGGGUCAUAAGAAGCACUUGAGGUUGGUGUUGAGGACUUUGAGAAGGGAGCAGCUUUAUGCCAAGUUCACUAAGUGUCAAUUUUGGUUGGAUAGAGUGGACUUCCUUGGACAUGUGAUAUCAGCGGAAGGAAUCUAUGUGGACCCUCAUAAAGUAGAAGCUGUUGUGAAUUGGGUGCAACCCACAAGUGUAACAAAAGUACGGAGUUCCCUAGGGUUAGAGGGCUACUAUCGUCGAUUUGUAGAAGGGUUCUCCUUGAUAGCAGCACCUCUUACUCGGUUGACGAGGAAGAAUGUUAAGUUUGAGUGGACGGAGGAUGACGCGUCUUUACAAGGCUUGGGAUGUGUUCUGAUGCAGCAAGAUCAGGUGAUUGCUUAUGCCUCGAGGCAACUCAAGAAGCAUGAGCAGAAUUAUCCUGGCCAAGAUUUGGAACUUGUCGCAGUGGUGUUCGCUCUCAAGAUUUGGCGACAUUACUUGUAUGGUGAGACAUGUCUGAUGUUCACGGAUCACAAGAGCCUCAAGUACUUUUUCACUCAGAAGGAGUUAAUUAUGAGACAGCGACGUUGGCUGGAAUUGAUUAAGGACUAUGACUGUACAAUUGAGUAUCAUCCCGGUCGAGCUAAUGUAGUAGCAGAUGCACUGAGUAGGAACGUCAGUGGAAACUUAGCUCAUCUCAUAAUGGCCUUCCUUCCGUUAUUGGUGGAACUGCAGAAGGAUGGUGUGGAUUUGGAAAUGACUCAACAGGGAAGAAUACUUGCUAGUUUGCAUGUGAGGCCUAUUCUGGUUGAGCGGGUGAUUGCAGCCCAAUUGGACGAUCCUAAUCUUUGUGUGAUAAGGUUGGAAGUAGAGAAUGGCACACGGACGAAUUAUGCAAUAAGAGAGGACGGAGCAUUGGUGACUGGAACUCGUCUCUGUGUACCUAAGAAUGAUGACCUGAAAAGAGAAAUCAUGAAAGAAGCUCACUGUUCCACUUACUCUAUGCAUCCGGGUAGUACUAAGAUGUAUCGGACUCUACGUGAUUACUACUUGUGGCCGCAUAUGAAAGGUGAUAUUGCUAAGUAUGUGAGCAGAUGUCUGAUUUUUCAACAAGUGAAAGCGGAAUGCCAAAAACCAUCUGGACUUAUGCAACCACUUCCGAUUCCUGAAUGGAAAUGGGAGCAUAUCACAAUGGACUUCGUUUUCAAACUUCCACGUACUUUCAAAGGGCAUGAUGGAAUUUGGGUGAUAGUUGACCGACUCACCAAAUCCGCCCAUUUUCUACCUAUAAAAGAAACCUAUUCCUUGUCAAUGCUGGUGAAACUCUUUGUGGAUGAGAUAGUGAGAUUGCACGGAGCUCCUGUGUCCAUUGUAUCGGACAGGGAUGCAAGGUUCACGUCCCAUUUCUGGAAGUGUUUACAUGAGGCUAUGAGUACUAAGUUACAAUUUAGUACAGCUUUUCAUCCUCAGACUGAUGGACAGUCGGAAAGAACCAUUCAGACCUUGGAAGACAUGUUGAGUUAUCAUUCGAGCAUUGAGAUGGCUCCGAAUGAGGCUUUGUAUGGGAGGCAGUGUAGAACUCCUAUUUGUUGGAAUGAGGUGGGUGACAAGAAAGUGGAAAAGGUAGACAGUAUCCGAGCAACAACCGAGAAGGUGAAGAUGAUUAGAGAGAAGUUGAAAAUCGCACAAGACCGACAGAAGAGUUAUGCGGAUAAAAGGUCCAAGGAUCUUGAGUUUGCAGUUGGGGAUUGGGUGUUCUUGAAGUUAUCUCCUUGGAAAGGUCUGAUGAGGUUCGGUAAACGUGGGAAAUUUAGCCCUCGUUAUAUUGGACCUUAUGAGAUCACAGAGCGUAUUGGACCAGUUGCUUAUAGACUUGCCUUACCUACAGAACUAUCUCGGAUCCAUGACGUGUUUCAUGUAUCCAUGCUACGGAAGUACAUGCCUGAUCCUUCUCAUGUUUUAGAACAUCAACCCGUGGAGUUGAGAGAAGAUUUGACAUAUGAGGGGCAACCUGUGCAGAUCUUGGAUAGGAAAGAACAGAGGUUGCGCUCCAAAUCCGUUCAUGUAGUAAAAGUGUUGUGGAGAAGUCAAACUAUUGAAGAAGCUACUUGGGAGCCCGAGGCGCAGAUGCGGGCCAAAUACCCUUAUCUCUUCAAUUGA